AUGGUGAAGUUCUCGCCCUUGCCCACAACGGCCACGGUUGUGUUUUGUGCGUUCAGUUCUUUAUCUUGCGACAAUGUGUCUCUCAAUGCUGUGAGGGCGUCUUCUAUCAGCUGUUCCUUGGACGCGUCGGCAAAGUCCUCGUACUUGCGCUCCAAGUACGUUCUUGCGGCCUGGGAUCUGGCCCCGAUCGCCGCACCAACGUACUCCAGCACGCUUCCCGAAGGCUGGAACUCAAACAGGUGUGCUCCGUUCUCGUCCACGCCCGCAACCAGCAGCCCCACUCCGUACGGUCUGCCUCCCGCAGACUGCGUGUUGUCCUGGGCCUUGUCGGCAAUCGAAUACACUGCCUUGCCCAGGUUCAGCGGCCGGUUGAACACCAUCUUGGAGUUCAUGGCCUGCUGUCUCAAAAAGUUCGACAAAACACGCGCGUCUGGAGCGAGUCCGGCCAACGCUAUGCCCAUGUGGUUGUCCACCUUGAUGAUCUUCUUUUGGUACGAGCCCAGCUCCUCGGCGUUUCUCUUGAGCGCCACCAAAACAACGUGGGUCUUGGAGGUGAUCCCCACGGCGGCGGACCCUUGUUUGAUGGCCUCUAGGGCGUACUCGAUCUGGAAAAUCCGGCCGGUGGGGGAGAACGUUGUAGCGUCGUUGUCAUAG